ACAAUAUGCGAGCCAAUAUGCAAAAUCAUAUGCUGUCAACAUUAAAAUACUAAAGAUUUAUAUUGAUACUGAAAGUAUCUAUCACUUUAACAUAAGUGUUUAAGUUAUAAGCUACUAAAAGGAUAAUUUAAGGUCUUGAGUCAAUUUGGUUUAGGUUUAGUUUAAAUUCGUUUAAAUAAAUCCAAUGAAUUUUUAAUUGCAUUUGCAGAUUGCAUAUGCCAUAUAUGCGGCCAUAUGCAAUCAUGGAGUGUUCCCUUCAAAAUCCUGUCUAAAUGGCCAUCUGUGUGGCUCAAGUUUCUUUGUUUAAAAAAAACAAUGUAUAUUAGUAGUGAUUACAUAUAAUCCUGAGUAUUUUUAUGAUAUUCCUUACUUCACAAGUUUCCUGCUUUUCUUGGGAGAGUGCAUAGUGUCCAUGUGAUACAAUGAUUUUGUAAUAUGCAAUUUUUUUUUUCAUUAGUUCACAAUGGUCCUUGAUUGCCUCUAGCUUAUGAUAGAACAAUGAGUAAAGCAUGUGUUAGGAAUAAUGAAAAAAAAAAUAUUAGAAUUUCUCAUCAAUGAUAAUCCCUUCAAUUUAUGUUGAUUAUUCAUUAAAUAAAAUUAGACCUUAAACCUUCUGUUAUAGUGUUUACCAGUAAUAUCUAACACCCCUCAAGCCGACUCAAAUAGAAACCUAGUUUGUUACAUCUAUACUCAAUUCUAGGAUCUCUAGCAAAUCCGCUAAUUGAUCAUUAGAACUGACAAAUGAUAGGACAAUUUUAUUGGAUUGCACAUUUUCUCUUAUGAAGUAGCAACCAACUUUUACAUAGUUUGUCCUUUCAUGGAAUAUUGAUUAGAGAGACAAUGUGUCUUAAAACUUAGUUGUCACAUUCUAGUUUCAUCGACUCUUUAAGAGCUGUUACUCAGAAUCCAAUACGAAUAUUCCCAAGGGGGUGGAUCUGAGUGUUAACAUGACUUUUUUAAAAUUCUUCACGGGAUCAAUAAAAAUAUUGAGUGGUUGUUGGGAGUGUUAGUGUGUGUCUGAGUGUGAGUAUCUAAUACAGUUACAAAGGGAGGGAGUUACAAAGGGAGUACGAUGAAGACUCCAAGUAUCAUAGUUUAAAAACAUAUUCCAACUUGUUCACCAAUUGAUUUACCUAGAUAAGCUAACAUGUAGCUUGGUGAUGCUGAUAGUCCUUGACUCCACAUCUGCAUCCAAAUGUAGAUGAUACAUUACAGACUAAACACUCUGCCUUGCACAUAAUAAAUUUUCUAAAAUUCAGUAGCAUGUUCCAAGCGCCAAGUGCCAAGUGUCAAGUGCCAGGAGGCCUUCCCUUGAGCAAUUGCUUCGCACUUAUAUCCUUAGUCAAAGAUCCUCAAUAGAAUUUCUUGUCUGUUUGCUCAAAGGGGCUAAGUUCUUGAUUUCAGUGAGAUUGACUUAUAAAAUAUUAAAGAGGCUCCAUGCCGUUCUUAAAGACAUUUAAGCAUUAAUACACGUUUCUUAUAUUCUUGUUCUCUGAUCUCAUAGUGAGACUGACUACUGAAUGAUGUAAUACCGAUUAACAGAAACUGCUCCAAUAUAAUAAAAAGGUUCAUGGGUAAAAAAGUCAAUUCCAUUUAGUUCUUUCACUUUUAUUGAUUCAUGGACUUAGGAUACUUUGCCCAAGCCUUGAUGGGAUUGAGUUAUUGUAAAAAAAAAAAAUACAAAAGAGGCCCUCACGCCAUUCUUCAGGUCACUCAAAUAUCAAUACUAGUUUCUUAUAUUCUAGCAGAGAUUGAAAUGACUGAGGCACAUAAUUCAUUAUGCAUCACAGUUGCUUCAACUUUUUUUUUGUUUGCUAUCUUAGGGCUUAUCAAGUGUGAUUAUGUUUCUGAGAAGUUAAACAUAUUGUUCUUAUUUGUAAGGAGUUUAUUAUUCAUAUGCAUUGCCCUGAUACAUAUUGAUUUAUUUUUAGUUUAUGUGGAUGGAAGCAUAUGCUUGGAUAUUUUGCAAAACCAAUGGAGUCCAAUCUAUGAUGUGGCUGCAAUCCUUACUUCUAUCCAGGCCAUUACAGCAUCUGGCACAAGGAAGAAUGAACUGAUCAUUGGCGAGCUACAGUCUCAGAUAAAGAAUAAAAAUAUCACUUUUGAUGUUAAAGCAACAUCAGACUCGACUCUUCUAACAACUGUUACAGUCGAUGAACUGGCUACCCCUGGGCUGAGAUCAAUAUUAAGUUUUGUUAUACCAAAUCAGCAGUCAGGAAAGGUUGAGCUGCAAUACCUACAUGAUUAUGCUAGUGUCACUGCUGGUAUUGGAUUGACGACCCGGCCUGUGGUGAACCUCUCAGGGGUGGUUGGUACUAAUGCUUUCUCUGUCGGAGCCGAUAUAGCAUUUGACACUGCGGGAGGAAAUUUCAUCAAAUACAACGGAGGGUUGAACAUCAUUAAUGCUGAUCUCAUUGCCUCAUUGACUUUGAAUGACAAGGGGAACAACUUAACUGCAUCCUGCUACCACCUGGUAAGUCCAUUGUCCAGUACAGCAGUGGGGGCGGAGCUCUCUCGUAGCUUCUCCAGCAACGAGAACACACUAACCUUUGGGACACAACAUGCCCUGGACCCUCUUACCAUGGUCAAGGCUCGAUUCAACAAUUACGGGAGAGGUAGUGCACUAAUCCAGCACGAGUGGAAGCCAAAAUCAUUUUUCACAAUCUCUGGGGAAGUUGAUACAAUAGCCAUCGAAAAGAAUGCCAAGGUGGGCUUGUCCUUGGUCCUUAGGCCCUAACGAAUGUGACUGGAACAGUUUAGUAAGGGAAACAAUGUAGGACUAGGAAACACAGACUAGGCAAUGGCGUUCUUCUGAUUUCAGGACUUGAAGGGCGCCCAAUAUUCUAUGUGCAAGUUCUGCAUUCUCUCUGCCAGACAAUGAUUUAGUAAGUAAACAACUUUGCUAGAAAGUAGAACAUCAAAAAUUGCAUAUCGGAAUUCGGCCCUAACUAAGGAGGCCUUUUUAUUUCUGUUUGUUGCUUGGUAGUAUAACACUUUUGCUCGGCCAAUCCUACCAAUGGCUACGGUA